AUCAUGGGGCGAAGAUUCUCACUCUCGGACGCCCUAACGGGAAUGAGAAUUGGUUUUGGGAUGCGCUUCAGCAGAGCGGGCUACAUGAUUUGGUCUACUUGGGGUACUCCACCGUGCCUCAUGCCCUGCUGCUUACUUUAUGCGAGAGGUGGCAUCCGGAGACCAGCACCUUCCACAUGCCGAUGGGGAGAUGACUGUGACAUUGGAUGAUGUCGCAUGUCUCACGCAUCUUCCUAUUGAGGGGCGGAUGUUGGACCAUGGAAAGAAGAUGCCCAAGCAUGAGGGAGCGGCACUGCUGAUGACGUAUCUGGGUGUGGCCCAGCAUGAGGCUGAGAAGAUCUGCAACCAGGAGUACGGUGGGUACAUUAGCUACCCCAGGCUGAGGGACUUCUAUACCUCGUACCUUGGUAGGGCCAACGUAUUGGCGGGUACGGAGGAUCCUGAGGAGGUUGAGGAGCUGGAGAGGGUCAGGACAUACUGCGUCCGGUGUUACCUUCUGUACUUGGUCGGAUGCUUGUUGUUUGGCGAUAGAAGCAACAAGCGCAUCGAGCUGAUAUAUUUGACGACCAUGGCGGACGGCUACGCAGGGAUGCGUAAUUAUUCCUGGGGAGCUAUGACCCUCGCCUACCUAUACGGCGAGUUGGCGGAUGCAUGUAGGCCUGGACACAGAGCGCUUGGGGGGAGCGUGACACUGCUCACUGCAUGGUUUUUGGCAUGA